AUAGUGACCUGUAAUAGACAAAGAGUGGGGUGUAGGGGAAGGUGUGCAUGAAUAGGAAAUUCACCGGUAUUUUCAUGUAGUGGAGAUUGCUUGACUGGUCAAGUCACCGAGGCGACUUUGUCAAAAAGAUUGGUCAAAAUUCACAGAUAUGGAGCGAACUAAGACGGCCAAGAAGCCACAGACUGGUGACGAGCCAAAGCUUAGUGCGCAACAGCUGAAGGAGAUGGGAAACGCUUUUUUUGCCACAAGAAAAUUCAAUGAUGCCAUUGCCUGCUACAGCAAAGCUAUUAUAAAGAACCCGAACGUGCCGCACUACUUCACCAACCGAGCGCUGUGCUACCUGAAGCUGCAGAGGUGGGAGCUGGCGUGUGCCGACUGUCGGCGCGCCCUGGACCCCGCCAUGGACCCGGGCAACGUCAAGGGACACUUCUUCCUGGGCCAGGCGCUGCUGGAGCUCAACGCUUAUGACGAGUCCAUCAAACACCUGCAGAGGGCCCACGACCUUGCCCGCGAGCAGAUGCAGUUCUUCGGGGACGACAUCGCCGGCCAGCUGCGCCUCGUCCGGAAAAAGCGCUGGAGCACGCAGGAGGAGCAGAGGAUUGCCGGCGAAAUUGAACUCCAGAGCUACCUCAGCCGCCUGUUGCUCGACGACAAGGACCGCCAGGUGGACGCCCUGCUCUCGGACCAGUCAGCCGCCGGCGACGGCGCCGACGACGAAGUCGAGGCGCGCGUGCACCACAUCGAGCAGCGCUGCGACGAGCGCAUCGCCCAGCUGAACGAGCUGUUCGCCAAGGUCGACGACAGCAGACGGAAAAGGGACGUGCCCGACUACCUGUGUGGCAAGAUCAGCUUCGAGAUCCUGCGAGAUCCCGUCAUCACGCCGUCCGGCAUCACCUACGACCGGAAGGACAUCCAGGAGCACCUGUCGCGCGUCGGACACUUCGACCCGGUAACCCGUGCCGAACUGACAGCCGACCAGCUGGUGCCCAACCUCGCCAUGAAGGAGGUGAUCGACUCGUUUCUGCAGGAGAACGAAUGGGCCCUGGACUACUAGGAUGAUUGGACCAGUGACACGGGCGGGGGAGGAGGAGGAGGAGAGGAGAGAGGGCGGCAGUCGAGUGGGAAAAGUCCAAGCUCUGGCGUCAAGUUCCCAUUGUCGUGUGGAGCGAUGGCCUAGUGGUGUGUGCUUGGCUCGAUUUUUGUGGUUGAAGAAGCGCCAUACUGCAAGAUCCAACGGGCGGGCAGCGGUCCGCGCUCGGCCGAUCUCCGCUGGUGUGGCGCGGGUUCGGCUGUGGCCGGACCGUCGAUCUCUACCGUGUGAUGUACUGCUGGCUCGGAGGCCGGCCGCGGCUGCCGGCGCCACGGACCGGACGUGGUCUGCGCAUGCGCCGGCUGGUGCGAGGUGCGCUCCCACCGCCGGUCGGCCCGCGCGGGCCCGUGCACUCCCGGCUGGCGCGCCACCACGCCUCGCUGGGGUGGGAGAGGAGGGGGGCGUGCGGACCGGCCCCAGACACCGGAAGCCUGUUAGGGAAUAGCACGAUGCCUGUUGCCGGCGCAGCCCCCCCCCCCCCCCCCACACACACACAGAGAAAGCACGCCUCGGCGCGCGUGCGAUGGCCUGUGGGCCGGCUGCUGGGUGAUCCACGGGCGGUCGAGUGUGAGGAAGGAGGCCGAGCGUCGGCGGCGCUCUGGCGUCCCGCGUCGGCCCAUGUCCGGCUGGUCCCGCGUCGGCCCAUGUCCGGCUGGUCCCGCGUCGGCCCAUGUCCGGCCGGUCCAGCGUGGCCCAUGUCCGGCUGGUCCAGCGUGGCCCAUGUCCGGCUGGUCCAGCGUGGCCCAUGUCCGGCUGGUCCAGCGUGGCCCAUGGCGGCGUGCGGACGUCCAAGUCAAGUUCAGUCGGCGUGAUCGGUUUGGCUGGCUAUAAGGGUCUCAGGAGGCAUGAAGAGACGCAAUCGAUGUGUUAUGGGUGUUCAUGAUGCUUGAUUCGCGUUAAUAUUAGUUCGCCCGCGACAUACAUUGAUAGUGUGCUUGCGGCGGAAUGUUCAGGCUCAGAUGGUGGCAGACCGUGGGCUCCAGGACAGUGUUCCGGCUGUCAUGUUAAAGAGUUAUGGAUGACUGGUGAAACGUAUUGGUUAGACCAAGCCAGCUCACGAGGUCAUCGUGUCAAUACACAGCCGUGCGGCUGCAGCCUA